CCCGUCCAUCUCUCGGUGACAGGACAGCAGCCGCCGGCAGAAGCAGCUCCUCAGUCAGCGCUUUGACUCCUUAUACAACAUCUUGGAGGAGAGGAAGAAGGAGCUUCUGCAGAUGAUCACCCGAGAGCAGGAGGAGAAGCUGCAGUACGUCAGGGGUCUGAUCCGCCAACAUGGAGACCACCUGGAGGUCACAUCUAAGCUAGUAGAGACAGCCAUACAGUCUAUGGAUGAACCACAGAUGGCACAGUUCCUGCAGCACGCAAAGGAACUGAUCAAGAAGAUCACAGAUAUGUCCAAGGUUUCCACGAUAGACCGUCCAGACCCCGGCUAUGAGAACAUGGAUCACUUCUGUGUUAAUGUGGAUCUUGUGUCCGAGAUGCUUAGGACCAUCGACUUCCACCCCGCUGCUCAGGGGGAUGAAGAAGAAGAGAUAUUUGAUGUGGAUGAGGUGGAAACUGAAGAGGAGAGGCCUGUAUCUACAGAGGACUCUGGUCCCAGGCAGAAGACAGCGACCCCCCAGCAUGGCGGGGUGUAGGGUGUCGGGGGUGACCGUGGAUAAUUCUGUAAUAACAUUAUAAUAGAGUGAAAUAAAUCUCAAAACCUGUGA